AUGUGUGGAAUUUUUGGCUAUGUUAACUACAUUGUAGACAAAUCUCGAGGUGAAAUUAUUGACAUACUACUCGAUGGUUUGCAAAAACUUGAAUAUAGAGGCUAUGAUUCAAGUGGAAUUGCAAUUAAAGGUGACAACCCUAAUGAAACAACUAUUAUUAAACGUGUAGGCAAAGUCAGAGUACUUAAAGAAGAAAUCGCUUCUAGAACCCACUCAGACUUAGAUCGUAGUAAAAUCUUUAAUUCCCAUGCAGCAAUUGCGCAUACAAGAUGGGCCACUCACGGUCUGCCCUUAACAGUAAACUGUCAUCCAAUUGGAUCGGACCCAAAGAAUGAUUUUGUAGUAAUUCACAAUGGUAUUAUUACUAAUUACAAAGCUCUCAAGUCACUUUUAGAAUCCAAGGGAAUGGUUUUUGUAACUGAAACCGAUACUGAAUGUAUUGCCAAGUUAUUUAAACAUAUUUAUGAUCAGAAUCCUAAUAUUGACUUCAAUCAAUUAACAAAGCAAGUUUUGUACGAGUUAGAAGGAAGUUAUGGGUUGUUGGUAAUGUCCUCACAUUAUCCUAAUGAAGUAUGUGCCACAAGAAAAGGUUCUCCCUUAUUGCUUGGAGUGAAAACUGACCGCAAGUUGACUGUGGAUUUCGUUGAUGUGGAAUACGAAGACACCAAGAAAAGUGAAAAUAACUUUGGCUUAAGCCCAAGUGCUGCUCUUAAUGGUGGUAACGGACAUGCUGGGUUAAGAACAACAGGAUCUAGAGCCUUCCUUACAGAAGAUCAAGACGGACAACCUUCCCCUGUAGAGUACUUCUUGGCUUCAGAUCCUUCUUCGGUCAUUAAACACACUAAAAAAAUUUUAUUUUUAGAAGAUGAUGAUAUCGUCCAUAUUCACGACGGUGAAUUGAAAAUCCACAGGUUGAAUUCAAAGCAAAUUGGUGAAGAAACUAAGAGACAAAUCCAAGAUUUCGAAAUGGAACUUAAUGAACUCAUGAAGGGUACUUAUAAUCACUUUAUGCAAAAAGAAAUAUUCGAACAACCUGAGUCCACUUUCAAUACAAUGAGAGGUAGAAUUGACUUCGAUAACUACAAGGUGACCUUAGGUGGACUAGAACAAUGGAUGCCUUUGAUUAGAAGAUCACGUAGAAUUUUAAUGAUUGCAUGUGGUACCUCAUACCAUUCUUGCUUGGCUACUAGAUCUAUAAUUGAAGAAUUGACAGAGAUUCCAGUGUCUGUGGAAUUGGCUUCAGACUUUUUGGAUAGAAAGCUGCCAGUUUUCAGGGAUGACCUGUGUGUAUUUGUCUCACAAUCGGGAGAAACUGCAGACUCCAUGCUUGCGUUGAGAUACUGUAUUGAAAGGGGCGCUAUAACGGUUGGGGUAGUGAAUUCUGUCGGAUCGUCAAUUUCAAGACAGACCAAUUGUGGUGUUCAUAUCAAUGCAGGGCCCGAAAUUGGUGUUGCUUCAACUAAAGCUUACACUUCGCAAUAUAUUGCUUUGGUGAUGUUUGCACUUUCUUUAUCUAGCGAUUCAAUCGGCAGAAGACUGCGUCAUGAAGAGAUCUUGAAAGGUUUACAAAAGAUUCCGGAACAAAUUAGUGCUGUCCUUCAAUUGGAGGAGAAAAUAAAAAAGCUUUGCAAUGAUCAUUUAAAUAAACAAAAAUCGUUGUUGCUCUUAGGAAGAGGUUAUCAAUAUGCUACAGCAUUAGAAGGUGCAUUGAAAAUCAAGGAAAUAUCGUACAUGCAUUCAGAAGGUGUCUUGGCCGGGGAAUUGAAGCAUGGUGUCUUGGCUUUGGUUGAUAAAGAUUUGCCAAUAAUUGCCUUUGCUACAAAGGAUUCUCUUUUCCCCAAAACCAUGCUGGCAAUUGAACAAGUUAUAGCCAGAGAUGGUAGACCAAUUAUCAUUUGUAACGAAAAUGAGGGCACUAUUUCUGGUAUGGACUCUAAAACUAUGGCCAUCUUAGAAGUACCUUUAACUGUUGAUUGUUUACAAGGGCUCUUGAAUGUAAUUCCAUUGCAGUUAAUAAGUUACUGGCUAGCAGUGAGCAGAGGUAUCGAUGUAGAUUUUCCAAGAAACUUGGCUAAGAGUGUGACUGUUGAGUAG